AUGAAUCUCUACGCUUCUCUCUCUGCAAUUACUCCUUGAGAGCAUCUCUCUCCAGAAUAUUGAGUAUUGCUGACUUGAGCGUUGGAGUGUUUUCCCCGAGGAAACAUCCUCGGGAUUUUCAGGUGUAGAAGCAGCUGAGGACUUCAACAGUGUUGGAUUGCGAAGCUGCCGAAACAUUGGCGCCGUCUGUGGGAACCCGAACAAAAAGCCGUGUGACUUAACCUGCUGAAAGACAAAAUGGUCCGUACCUUUACAGGAGAACGCCCUCCAAGAAAUGAAAUAGACGAACAGGAGGACGAUCACGUAUCUGAGGCCGGCUUGAAUGACUUUAGACCGAUGCCAAGAAAUCUCUUUGUAGGAGGAGCCGAACAGGAUCACCUAAGUGAGACGGAUGAUGAAAGAACACCAACUGGGUAUGCAACCCAACCUGAACAGUUCCCAGCUCCAACAGGAACGAGGCAAAGAUCUGCCAGACCGAACAAUUCACAGCGUGAACGGCCUGAAAGGUCAGCAGAACCUGCUCGGACAACCGAGCUAGAAGAGAGAACCAGAGUUCUCGAAAUGGCAAUGGGAAGAAUCCUUGCCCGCUUAAUCCCUGAUAACCCCCUGAUUCCUUUGCUGAAUAGGGAUGCACAACCAGCUGCGGUUGUUGCAACUAGAAACUCCCCCGCUCUAAGCAAUAUAGUAGUGCCGACCAGGCCGAGGGGAAGUGGGAAGUUGAAUGUCGAGCCCAGCUCGUCCAAAUACAGUGAAGAGUUGAUGAGAAAGAACGCAGACCUCGAAAGGCAACUGCGGGAUGUACAGAAAUCCAUUGACGAGCUGAAAAGCCCUCGGUCGCAUCAGCAGACUUUGGAUUUGGAUAGUGCUCCGCUGAACCUAUCCAUCACAGCAGAGCCAUAUCAAGAGGGAUUCAAAAUUCCCCACCUAGAGACAUAUGAUGGCACGAAAGACCCGGAUGAACAUCUACACACCUAUCAAGCCAUCAUGAGGAUUCAAAACGCUAAUGAUGCCAAGAUGUGCAAAGUAUUCCCGGCGACACUGAAAUCAACAGCCCGAAGAUGGUAUCACAAACUCCCCAGGCAUUCAAUAGAUUCGUUUUCCCAGCUCGCCAAGUUGUUCUCUAACAAAUUUGCAAGCCAAAGGGAGAUCAAGCGCACAGCAACCGAGCUGAUGCAAGUUAGCCAGAAGGAAGGGGAGUCUUUGAGGGAUUACAUGCAGCGGGGAAGCAGUGCCGAGCAGAACUACCCACUAGCAGAAAAAGCUGCUUUUGCCUUGGUUUCCACGGCCCGUAAGUUGAGAGCUUACUUCCAAUCACACCAGAUUAUUGUGUAUACUGAUUUCCCACUAAGGAAAAUAUUGCAGAAGCCAGAGCUCUCUGGUCGGCUCAUCGGAUGGAGUGUCGAGCUGAGUGAAUAUGACCUUAAGUUUCAGCCGCGCACGACUAUAAAAGGCCAAGCUGUGGCAGACUUCCUAGUUGAAUGUGCCCCGGCGGCUGUGAGAGAAAAGGCACCUGAACACCCACUUUGGGUUUUGUAUGUGGAUGGAGCUACUAAUGUCGAAGGAUCUGGUGCUGGAGCUGUAUUACUGAGCCCUGAUGGUUUCAAGUCUGAGCAUGCGUUGAGGUUUAAGUUUCAGACGACCAAUAAUGCUGCAGAAUAUGAAGCCCUCAUAUAUGGAUUGAAGCUGGCAGCCGAGCUGAAGGUACAAAGCAUUCAGGUCUUCAGCGACUCUCAGCUCGUCGUCCUCCAGGUGAAUGGCAGUUGCGACAUAAGGGAUCCCCAGCUCGGUCGCUAUGCCUCUGUGGUCGACAGAUUGAAGUCCAGGUUCGCUUCAUUUCAGAUCGACAAAAUACCGCGGGCAGAUAACCAGCGAGCGGACGAGCUGUCAAAGCUGGCGUCCUCGCAGGACAUUAACCCUCAAAGAUCAACAAUCGUCGAGGUGCUUGACGCGCCGAGCUACACUGAUUUCACAGUUGAGUGCCAAUUAUUGAGUACAGACCCCUCUGCACCGAGCUGGAUCACCCCGCUUAUGAGUUAUCUACAAAGUGGCGAGCUACCCGAAGACCAGUCCGCUGCAAAAGUGGUUAAACGCAGGGCGGCACAUUUCACUGUGUUAGAUAACCAGCUCUACAAGCGAGCAGCCUCAAUACCCCUAUUACGCUGCCUUACUCCUUACGAGGCUGAAUACGCUGUGAGAGAAGUUCACGAGGGAGUAUGUGGCACGCACAUCGGUGGCAGAACUUUGGCUCGGAAAUUACUGAGGCAUGGUUAUUACUGGCCCACUAUGGUAUCCGAGCUCGUUCUACAGUUUAUUCUAACCUAAUGACU